AUGGGCCAGAUCCGAGUUGAUCUGGCCGGCACUACCGCUGCGAGCAGUAGCCGCUGGCUCGCCGCCGAGGACCAUGGCCAUAGCCAUGACCCCACCGAGUCACAACCCGCUCCCGCGCCGCCCGACGCCCACGAGCCCGCCAUAACGGAUCUGGACGGGCCCGCCGCCGCCAAGCGCACACCCCCAGCACUUUCACCGCUGCCGCGCGCCACCCCCACCAGUAGGCCAUGGCAAGGGCAGCAGCCCACGCCCUGUGCCGCCGCAACCCUCGUCGCCCUGGGGAACGGGGAAGAGAAGGACUCCCACCACCACCACGCACACGCCCUGCCACCACACAGCCAGCCACGCCACCGCCGAGCCCACGCCGACGGCCGGAGCUAUCGUUGCAGCACCGCAAGGCCCCGCGCACGCCUGACGCCUCCGACGGACAGGCCACCCCUCGCCGCCCGUGCCCGUGCGGAAAGGACGGAGCCCCCGCCGCUAGCCACCACCAGAGGCUUUGCCCAGGCGUCUCCGGCCGGCGGCGGCGGGGAGACGGGAGAGGGGGGGUGCUGGGGACGUGAGGUGGCGGCGCCGCCCGAGCCGCCCGCGGGCGAGACGGCGGGGGGCGAGAGCGGGAGGAUAAGACUCGUGUGA